AUGAAUACGUUAAAAUGUAGUAAUUGUCGCAUCGUGAUUGACGAACUUUUAGCUUACGUGCAAAAUAAGAUAUCAAUCUCGAAUGAAAUUAGUCUAGUGCAAAUAUGUGCAUCUGCUUUCUCAUGCGAACAAAUCGAGAAAGCAAAUAAUCUACUUUUGGAGUUUUUACCGCAGGAUGUGCGUUCUAAAACCGUACGUAAAGGAAAAGGCAAGGAAAACCGCCUACUACACGAUAUCAUAAACGUUUUUAAGGUCACCGAUCCAGAUAUAUUACCCGUGUUCGUGGCUAAAGAUUUGGAGAAACUGCCACCUAUAACUUUCGAUCAUCUGGAUGUCACUAAGUUGUUGAAGGAUCUGACGUUAGUACAGACGGAGAUUAAACGUAUUAAAAUGUCCUACGCAACGAUCGAACAGCUUGAAGAUGUUAAAAGAGAAUGUCUUAAUGGAAAGCUAACGCCGCUUACGACUACCAAGGUUAACAUGAAAAGAGGAGCGUACUGCGACAGUGGACCUAUAGGGUUAUUUCCAUUAGAUGACUCCAUUAAUACAACGGAACAACAUUUAGAGCAUCCUAAUUAUGAAACAUCACCUCCUACAGGGUAUCAAUUAAAGUAUAGGUCUAUUAACAUGAAUAAAGUUGAGGGUCACAACGAAAAGAUUCAAAAUAAGUUAACUCAGUGCGCGGUAAACCGCCGCGACUCAUGUAACGGUCGUAGCUCGGACGACGUAGAAGAGGACGGAGCGAACGCAUCAUUGCUUUUGCACAGCGAACAAACAGAUGAUAUGGAGCGAACAAAAGAAAAGCAAACUUAUGCUCAUAUUGUUAAAGAUCAUAAUACAAAUGAAGGCUGGACAGUAGUACAAAGAAAGGCAAUAAAAUCAAGAAAUCGUCUUAUUGGUAGAAUGGGGAAUGUUGUCAUAGAAUCGGAGGAGAAAUUUAAGGCAGCGGAUAGAAAAAUACCGCUAUUCAUAACUAACGUUCAUAAGGAUACGGCAGAAAAGGAUAUAAUUAAUUAUAUCAAGAAGAAAACACAGGAAAGUGUCACUUUAGAAAAAAUUUCGAUUAAACGACAGUGUGAACACAACGCGUAUAAGCUUUUUGUGUCGCGAAGCAAACUUCCAUUGUAUUUAGACGAGAAUUUAUGGCCGCAAGGGAUUAUUUUUCGCCGGUUUGUGCAUUUUAAAACGAAGCGAUCUAGUGAUAUAUCUGUUACAAACACAGAGGUGACGAAGAAUAAUAUGACCACUAUUAAUGGA